AGCCGUGAAAAAUCUUACUUCUCAGAUAAAGGAUAUGGCUCUCAAGGCGUCAGGGGCGUAUAAGAACUGUAAUUCGUGUACAAGUCAGCCGACUUUGAGUCAGAACGCGAGCGGGAAUGGUGCGGCAGACCUGGCGGCGCCGGACAAGUUCCGGUGGUCGUACCGGCGGACGGGAAGCUUCAGCUCUAACUCAACGUCGGGAAGAAAGGAAUUGGAGGCCAGGCUGAAGGGGAUAUCGAGCGGAGAGGUGACGCCGACGUCUAUAUCGGCGUCGGCAAGUGGCCGGCGAGCUGACCCUGUCGUGCUCGUGGAGGAGAAGGAGCCCAUGGAGUGGGUGGCGCAGGUGGAACCCGGCGUUUUAAUCACCUUCGUUUCCCUGCCACGUGGCGGCAAUGAUCUCAAGAGGAUACGUUUCAGGUUUUCUUU